UACUUUGCAACCAUUUAUUGCGUUAUGAGAACUUCUAGCAAAAUCGGCACAAUUUUAUCAGUCAAACGAGUAUAAAAAGACCAAUUCGUAUGAAUCGGUCGUAAACAUGAAGCUCGCGUUUGUUUGUGUUUUGAUCUUCUGCAUUUGCGUGCACAGUGCAUGUGAAGCAAAAUCGGUGAGUUCGCACUCUUCUAGGUUGGAGCAUGACGACAUAAGGAGAGGACACUUAGAUCACCAAAUGCAGCUAAGACAGAGAACGCACUCUGAAAACACGGUACAUUCCCCUAGAAAAAUGAUGACGAGUAUGCAUCCUCGCAGUCAUUCUACAGAACAAUCAGUGAUGCCAAGAAGGAAAAUCAAUCUUGUGCAGUCUGAAGAAUUUUCAGACCAAGAACUAUCACACCAAGGGCACUCUGCAAGAAAAUUUGGUCCGAGAUCCAAUAAACAGAGGACGUCUGCAAGACUUUAUUAAAGUGCGCUAAAAUGGAAAUGAAAUUAAAUUUGUUAAAUAUUAAAUAAUAAAGGUUUUUGGCAA